AUGGUGUCUCAAGGGGCCAAGCUCGAGUUCUUCUACGACGUCAUAUCUCCAUAUACAUACCUCGCCUGGCAGACACUAAAGCAAUACAGUACCAUAUGGGAUAUCCGUGUGGUAUUACGUCCGGUAUUUCUUGGAGGCAUUAUGAAGGGUAGCAAUAACCGCCCACCAGCUGUGGUCCUCAACAAGGGAAGGUUCAUGCAGGAAGAUCUCCGAUUACUAGCGGCCGCACCAAACCAGAACAUACGAGAGAAGCUCACUGACUCCGCCUUCAAGGCUGUCUGGGAGGAUAAGAGUCUCAGAGAUGCACACAACAAUCUAGUUCAAAUCAAUGACGAGUUUUUACGUGGAAUUUGCACGACCGCCGGCCUCGACGAGACGGAUACCAAUAGGUUGUUGGAGGACGCGAAGACGAUUGGUAAAGCGGAGCUCACUGAUACAACUAGCGAGGCGUUGGAGAAAUAUAAUGCCUUUGGUGCUCCUACCAUCGUCGUUCAUGUUUGCGGCAAACCACACAUGUUCUUCGGCAGCGACCGUUGGGAGCACAUUGCCUUCCUCCUCAAUAAGGACUAUUACGGCAUUAAUCCGGCGAGGAAAACUCCAAACAGCCGACUUUAA